AACAAAAACACGGACAACCAUUGGCUGCGUCCACUUCCGACCCGGUAUCUAGCUCCAAGUCUGGAACCUUGAAACACUUAUUUCCUGGGUAGAGGGGUGGCGCUAGCCCACAGAGCGUCAACCAUAAACAUACAGCACACACACACACACACACACACACACACACACACACACACGGAGGCUGGCAGCGUCCUCCCCGCUGAGAUGGGCGUGGGGCCGAGCGCUUGGCCCACGGUCCCCAGAAGGUUCCCCCAAAGCCCGCCACAGCUGCCGGGCUCAGCGCUCGGAGCCCGCGGAGGACCCGCGUCCGCGGAAACUGGUGCCACUCGGGCCAGCUCUAAGUGAGCCGCGCUGGCGUCAUUCAUUCGCAGUGUCCGGAGCGUCCUUCCAGCUGCAAGCGGGGCUUCGCCGCAGGUGCGAGUGGCCCCGCCGCGGAGCGUUACCGCGCGGUGACCUCGAGGGCGCGGAGCGGCUAGAGACUGAGGCGAUCUGGAGCUCGGCUAGGUGCUGCUGUAGCAGCCGCGCCCCUGCCCAGCUCGGCGCUCGCCGCGGGGCCGUGUCAGCUGCAGGCUCCCGCAGCCCUGCUCGCCGCCGCCGAUCGGGAUCCCGGGACUGAGCGCCGCCACUUCCUCCUCCUCCCGCUCCUCUUCCUCCUCCUCCUCCUCCUCCUCCCGCUCCUCGCGCCGCGGUGGGCCGGAGACGAGCUGCGGGGCGGCGGGCCUGGGCGUCUGCGGCCGCGGGCUCGCGGGGGGCGGCGCCGCCGCGGGGAGGAUGCUGCUCGCCGCACCCGCGUCCUCGCCGUCCUCCCCGGCCGCCCGCGGGGGCUUUGUUGUGGCCCGGCCUCCGCGGACCGCCGCCUGGUGAAGUCGCUCUUCGCCGCCGCACCUAGCGGGCGGGAGGACGCGCGUGUGCCCGGGAGUGCGCGCCUGUGCGCGCCGGUGUGUGCAGGACCUGACCCGCGGGCCCAUUGUGCGUCCGCCCGCGGCGCCCGGGAACAUGUGGGUGAACCCCGAAGAGGUGCUGCUGGCCAACGCGCUGUGGAUCACGGAGAGGGCCAACCCCUACUUCAUCCUGCAGCGGAGGAAGGGGCACGCGGGCGAUGGAGGCGGCGGCGGCGGACUAGCGGGCCUUCUCGUGGGUACCCUUGAUGUCGUGCUGGACUCCAGUGCCCGGGUGGCUCCUUACCGAAUCCUGUACCAGACCCCUGACUCUUUGGUCUAUUGGACCAUCGCCUGUGGUGGUUCCAGAAAAGAAAUCACCGAACACUGGGAAUGGCUUGAGCAGAAUCUGCUGCAGACACUCUCCAUCUUUGAAAACGAGAAUGAUAUCACCACAUUUGUGAGAGGAAAAAUACAGGGCAUCAUUGCAGAAUAUAACAAGAUCAAUGAUGUGAAGGAAGAUGAUGACACGGAGAAGUUUAAAGAAGCCAUCGUGAAAUUCCACAGGCUGUUUGGGAUGCCCGAGGAAGAGAAGCUCGUCAACUAUUAUUCUUGUAGCUACUGGAAGGGGAAGGUCCCCCGUCAGGGUUGGAUGUACCUCAGUAUUAACCACCUUUGCUUUUACUCUUUCCUUAUGGGAAGGGAAGCCAAGCUGGUAAUCCGGUGGGUGGACAUCACACAGCUUGAGAAGAAUGCCACGCUGCUUCUCCCUGAUGUGAUCAAAGUGAGCACGAGGUCCAGCGAACAUUUCUUCUCUGUAUUUCUCAACAUCAAUGAGACUUUCAAGUUAAUGGAGCAGCUCGCCAACAUAGCCAUGAGGCAACUUUUAGACAACGAGGGAUUUGAACAAGAUAGAUCCCUGCCCAAACUGAAAAAGAAGUCUCCUAAAAAAGUGUCGGCUCUAAAACGCGAUCUUGAUGCCAGGGCAAAGAGUGAGAGAUACCGUGCACUUUUCCGACUGCCGAAAGACGAAAAACUAGACGGCCACACAGACUGCACCCUCUGGACUCCGUUCAACAAAAUGCACAUUUUGGGGCAGAUGUUUGUGUCCACAAAUUACAUCUGCUUUACCAGCAAGGAGGAGAACCUGUGUAGCCUCAUCAUCCCACUCCGUGAGGUGACAAUUGUGGAAAAGGCAGACAGCUCCAGCGUACUCCCCAGCCCUUUAUCCAUCAGCACCAGGAACAGGAUGACCUUCCUAUUUGCCAAUUUGAAAGAUAGAGACUUUCUAGUGCAGAGGAUCUCUGAUUUCCUGCAACAGACGACCUCCAAAAUCUACUCGGACAAAGAGUUUGCAGGCAGCUACAACAGUUCAGAUGAUGAGCAGGUGUAUUCUCGGCCCAGCAGCCUUGUCUCCUCCAGCCCUCAGAGAAGCACGAGCUCCGAGGCCGAUGGAGAGCGCCAGUUCAACCUGAACGGCAACAGCGUUCCCACAGCCACGCAGACCCUGAUGACCAUGUAUCGGCGGCGGUCCCCCGAGGAAUUCAACCCGAAGUUGGCCAAAGAGUUUUUGAAGGAGCAAGCUUGGAAGAUGCACUUUGCCGAGUAUGGGCAAGGGAUCUGCAUGUACCGCACAGAAAAGACCCGGGAGCUGGUGUUGAAGGGCAUCCCGGAGAGCAUGCGGGGGGACCUCUGGCUGCUACUGUCAGGUGCAAUCAAUGAGAAGGCCACACACCCUGGGUACUAUGAAGAUCUAGUGGAAAAGUCCAUGGGCAAGUAUAAUCUCGCCACGGAGGAGAUCGAGAGGGAUUUACACCGCUCCCUUCCAGAACAUCCAGCUUUCCAGAACGAGAUGGGCAUUGCUGCUCUACGGAGAGUCUUAACAGCUUACGCUUUUCGAAAUCCUAAUAUAGGAUAUUGCCAGGCCAUGAAUAUUGUCACAUCAGUGCUGCUGCUUUAUGCCAAAGAGGAGGAAGCUUUCUGGCUGCUAGUGGCUUUGUGUGAACGCAUGCUUCCCGAUUACUACAACACCAGAGUUGUUGGCGCGCUGGUCGACCAGGGUGUCUUCGAGGAACUGGCGCGAGACUAUGUCCCACAGCUCUACGACUGCAUGCAGGACCUGGGCGUGAUUUCUACCAUCUCCCUGUCUUGGUUUCUCACGCUCUUUCUCAGCGUGAUGCCCUUUGAGAGUGCGGUUGUGGUUGUGGACUGUUUCUUCUAUGAAGGAAUCAAGGUGAUAUUCCAGUUGGCCCUGGCCGUGCUGGAUGCAAAUGUGGACAAACUGUUGAGCUGCAAGGACGACGGGGAGGCCAUGACCGUUUUGGGAAGGUAUUUAGACAGUGUGACCAAUAAAGACAGCACUCUGCCUCCCAUCCCUCACCUCCACUCCCUGCUCAGUGAUGACGUGGAACCCUACCCUGAAGUGGACAUCUUCAGACUCAUCAGAACUUCCUAUGAGAAAUUUGGAACCAUCCGGGCAGACUUGAUUGAGCAGAUGAGAUUCAAACAGAGACUAAAGGUGAUCCAGACACUGGAGGAUACUACGAAACGGAAUGUGGUCCGAACAAUUGUGACAGAAACUUCCUUUACCAUUGAUGAGCUAGAAGAACUUUAUGCUCUUUUCAAGGCAGAGCAUCUAACCAGCUGCUACUGGGGUGGGAGCAGCAAUGCUCUGGACCGGCACGACCCCAGCCUGCCUUACCUGGAACAGUAUCGCAUUGACUUUGAGCAGUUCAAGGGGAUGUUUGCUCUUCUCUUUCCCUGGGCCUGCGGAACUCACUCUGAAGUAUUGGCCUCCCGCCUCUUCCAGCUGUUGGAUGAAAAUGGAGAUUCUCUGAUUAACUUCCGAGAGUUUGUCUCCGGCCUAAGUGCUGCAUGCCAUGGGGACCUCACAGAGAAACUCAAACUCCUGUACAAAAUGCAUGUCUUGCCUGAGCCAUCCUCUGAUCAAGAUGAGCCAGAUUCUGCUUUUGAAGCAACUCAAUACUUCUUUGAAGACAUCACCCCAGAAUGCACACAUGUGGUGGGGCUGGAUAGCAGGAGGAAACACGGUGCGGAGGAUGGCUUUGUGACAGUGAGUCUGCAGCCAGACAGAGGGAAGAGGGCAAAUUCUCAAGAAAAUCGCAAUUAUCUAAGACUCUGGACUCCGGAAAAUAAAUCCAAAUCAAAGAAUGCAAAGGAUUUACCCAAAUUGAAUCAGGGGCAGUUUAUUGAGCUGUGCAAGACCAUGUAUAACAUGUUCAGCGAAGACCCCAACGAGCAGGAGCUGUACCACGCCACGGCUGCGGUGACCAGCCUCCUCCUGGAGAUCGGGGAAGUCGGCAAGCUCUUUGUCACCCAGCCUGCCAAGGAGGGCGGGAGCGGGGGCAGCGGGCCCGCCUGCAACGCGGCCAUCCCGGGCGCGCUCUUCCCCAAGAAAGGGCCCGGCCGGCCUUACGUGGUGGAGGCCGUUGAGCCCCUCCCGGCCGGCUUGGCGGUGGAGGGUGAGGAACACUCCUUGGGAGGGCAGUUGGAGGACAUCAAGCUGGAGGACUCCUCUCCCCGGGACCACGGGGCCUGCUCCUCCAUGCUGAUUUCCGAUGACGACACCAAGGACGACAGCUCCAUGUCCUCGUACUCGGUGCUGAGUGCCGGCUCCCACGAGGAGGACAAGUUGCACUGUGAGGACAUCGGGGAGGACACCGUCCUGGUGCGCAGCGGCCAGGGCACGGCGGCCCUGCCCCGGAGCACCAGCCUGGACCGGGACUGGGCCAUCACCUUCGAGCAGUUCCUGGCCUCCCUCCUGACUGAGCCGGCCCUGGUGAAGUACUUUGACAAGCCCGUGUGCAUGAUGGCCAGGAUCACCAGUGCAAAAAACAUCCGGAUGAUGGGCAAGCCCCUCACUUCGGCCAGUGACUAUGAGAUCUCCGCCAUGUCAGGCUGACCCCUGCGCCUUCUCUGGGGACCGGGAGGGGAGGGAGGGUUUUUUUUUUAAUGUUCCGUGUUGGGCUUUCUUUCUUCCUUUUAAAUUAAAUAUUUAUUAGUACCCGGCUUGAAGCCUAGUGUUUUCAUAAUAUAAUACAAUGAAAACUGUUGGAGAACUAUUUAAACACCUCGACGUAGGUACAGUACACUGUCUUGGGGGAGGGGAUUGAACAGAAUACAGUUAAUUCAGUGAAUUCCAAAAAAGAUUAAUCUGUCCGUGAUAUGUGUGUAUUUUAACUUCUUAAUCUUGCUGUUGAGCUGUGUACAUGGUUAAAAAAUAGUGCUGUUUAACGCUAAAUAAGGCAGCAGCCUUUUGUGUCUUUGGGCUUUUUAGAUAAAACUAGAGCCGUCGGGAAAAUGAAAUGCCACAAACACAAAAUGUUCCUAAAAGGAAAAGGCAUUGUUGGCGGGGGUAAAUCCUAUACCAUUUUAGGUGGAGGGUGCAUUAGAAAUAUUUUUUAAGAUUUGAAAUAUAUUUCAUAAAAGUCCUCUAUUCAGAAAUCAUAUUCAACAGAUGUUUCCUUUCAAGAGGAAAAUAUUUGAGGCUCUAAACAAUUAUGAAUUUUCACAUGAUGCCAGAAUAACACUUCCAGUUGAUCAAUUUGGACCAAUACUGGACCAACUUUGCAUUAAAAAAACUGUUGUGAUUAUUUAAGUCAGCGGGCCAGAAUUCAGGGAAAAUGAACAGUCUUUUGUUACAGAGAAUCUGAAAAUGACAACAGAGAUAACCGAGGGCUCAGGAUUUUUCUUUUUUUUUAAAGAGUAAAAGUACUGAUGCUUCUGGUACUGGAUCUUCAGCUUCUUGUUACUCAUUGCAAAUAAAGCAAAAACUAAAACCGAUAAACUUUACCAUUGCUAUACUGUGCAUAGGUUCAAGAAAUUAAACUACGUAUCUUCUAUGACCAUCUUUCCCGUUAAAUCGAUGUCAAGUAGAGAUCAUGUAAAGUAAAAAACAAAAUCUGCAAGAUAACGUACCUGAAUGUUUUAAAGCAGAACUUGUCACUUUAUUAAAAGAAUAGUAUGCUCUAUUUCCUGAAUGGAUGUGGAAAUGAAAACUAGCACACCUGCACUUUGGAUUCUUGCUUUUUUUUUUUUUUUUUUUAUUACUCUCACAGUUUUGCCUUUUACAGAUGUUGAAGGUUUUUUCUCCUUAUUGUUGACUUCACCAUCGCGGUCACAUUUUCUUUGCUGAUUCAGAGUGUCCCUUUCGACACAUUCCUUUAUUAUGCAUUGUGUUUUUUUUUUGAGCUGUUGCUGCUGUUUCUUAUUUUGUUUACAGAAUGAUUUUUAAACUGUCAAAUGAAGUAGUGUUAACCUCAAGUAGGACAAAUGUGAACAAAUAAAAUACAUCAGAUAUUCA